GUGCUGGCCCAGAUCCAGAUGCCCCAGAGGACCAUGGAGGUGAUCGAGGGUCAGAAGGUGGUGCUGCAGGCCUGGUAUAGCCCCAGCUCCAGCACUGGCAAGAACACUGUUCUCUGGAACUUUGUGGCCAAUAACACCCAACUGGUGAGUGUGUUUAGGAUCUGUUUUGUUGUGUGUGGUGCCUCUGCAUCUGUGCUGAUCGUCUGACGAUUAAGGGCUGUCCUCACUUGAGAUGUGUGCAGUAACUUGAACUUUCCUACCAAACUUUAAGGCAAUGCCAUAUUGUAUAAAGUUAGUUGUUUGUGCGUCUCAAGUUGGGAUAUGUGUAGAUCCCUUUGAUCAUGCACUGGUCUUGAUUAGCCUGUGACUGCUGAGUGCUGUGACAUCAUACAUCUACAAUAUAAUGUCCCAGAGGCCAAUAAAGUACCUGCAUUAGCUCUGCAUACAAGUUACAUACAUCCUUGUCAGAAGUACUUUGUACAUGGAAAGGUUUUUUGGUGUAAAAAUGAAACGAAUCUGUAAAAUUACAAAAUAAAUAUGUAAGUCAACUUGAAAUGAUGAAUGUAUUCAAUUUGGUUAGGUUUUGUUUUAAUGUUAAACUCUGAAGUCUGUGACGCUUAUCAUUUGUCUGUUGAUUAUUAUGAAAAAUAUUUUAGAUCUUUUGUGCAGUUUUUGCUCAAAAGCUUCCAACGAUAACUGAAAAUCUUACUUGCUUUGCCAUCUGUGGCCAUAACGUGGAGGAUUAUGAUCAUGAAGGAUGUUUGACUGCUGUUAAUCUGGCAAAGCUCUUCCUUUGGAAACCCUCAAAUGAAUCAAAUAAAAGGCUUAACACACUCCAUCUAUCCACUGUAUUUUACCCUCGCUUGAAAAUGCAUAAAUAUGAAAUUGCUUGUUUUUGCCUUUUUUCCGAAAAUUAGACCAUUAAGUGAAACAACACUAAACCACUUAACAGAGGUGGGGUUUUGGGAUUAGGUUGAUGUUAACCCUUUACAAAACAAAAACAAUUAAGCAGGCGAAAGUGGGCAGCUGGCCAUGACUGUCUCUCAUCUGACUUUUUCCCCCAAACUUGUAUCCACAGACAAUGUUAUCUAGGGACCUGCGUGGGUUUAUACUGUAUGUUUGCUAAUUCCAGUUUAUCCUACCGUAGUAUACGGACGGACAAAGUCCCAAAGGGGAUCAAACAAAGACAAAAAAAUCCACUAUAGUAGCACUCACCAACAGUUGAUUGGGAGAUUGCAGUUGUUGGCCUUGACAUCGCAAGCUGCUUUGGCUAAAGGCCAAGUCAUGGGGUGGUAGUCUGACAUAACUAGAGAGCCUGAGUUGUGUGCCCUUAUCUAAAUUCUGAAUCGGCCCGUUAGUCUUUAGCUCCGAAGGAUAAUUCUGUCUCGCUUGUUUGCGUAAAGAUCUACAGUACCAGUCAAGUUUGGACACACCUACUUAUUCAAGGGUUUUUCUUUAUUUUAACUAUUGUCUACAUUGUAGAAUAAUAGUAAAUACAUCAAAACUAUGAAAUAACACAUAUAAAAUCAUGUAGUAACCAAAAAACUGUUAAACAAAUCAAAAUAUAAUUUAUAUUUGAGAUUCUUCAAAGUAGCCACCCUUUGCCUCAAAGACAGCUUUGCAAACUCUUGGCAUUCUCUCAACCAGCUUCACCUGGAAGGCUCUUCCAACAGUCUUGAAGGAGUUCUCACAUGCUGAGCACUUGUUGGCUGCUUUUCCUUCACUCUGCGGUCCAACUCAUCUCAAACCAUCUCAAUUUGGUUGAGGUCGGGGUAUUGUGGAGGCCAGGUCAUCUGAUGCAGCACUCCAUUACUCUCCUUCUUGGUUAAAUAGCCUGUACACAGCCUGGAGGUGUGUUGGGUCAUUGUCCUGUUGAAAAACAAAUGAUUGUCCCACUAAGCCCAAACCAGAUGGGAUGGCGUAUCGCUGCAGAAUGCUGUGGUAGCCGUGCUGGUUAAGCGUGCCUUGAAUUCUAAAUAAAUCACAGACAGUGUCACCAGCCAAGCACCCCCACACCAUCACACCUCCUCCAUGCUUCACGUGGGAACUACACAUGCAGAGAUCAUCCGUUCACCUACACUGCGUCUCACAAAGAUAUAGCGGUUGGAACCAAAAAUCGCAAAUUUGGACUCCAGACCAAAGGACAGAUUUCCACCGGUCUAAUAUCCAUUGCUCAUGUUUCUUGGCCCAAGCAAGUCUCUUCUUAUUGGUGUCCUUUAGUAGUGGUUGAAGGCCAGAUUCACUCAGUCUCCUCUGAACAGUUGAUGUGUCUGUGACUUGAACUCUGUGAAUAACUUAUUUGGGCUGCAAUUUCUGAGGCUGGUAACUCUAAUGAACUUAUCCUCUUAUCCUCUGGGUCUUCCUUUCCUGUGGCGGUCCUCAUGAGAGCCAGUUUCAACAUAGCGCUUGAUGGUUUUUGCGACUGCACUUGAAGAAACUUUCAAAGUUCUUCACAUUUUCCGGAUUGACUGACCUUCAUUUCUUAAAGUAAUGAUGGACUGUCGUUUCUCUUUGAUUAUUUGAGCUGUUCUUGCCAUAAUAUGGACUUGGUCUUUUACCAAAUAGGGACAGCUUCACAGCUGUCAUCAAGGCAAAGGGUGGCUACUUUGAAGAAUCUCAAAUCUAAAACCCUUUUUUUGGUUACUACAUAAUUCCAUAUGUGUUAUUUCAUAGUUAUGAUGUUUUCAAUAUUAUUAUACAAUGUAAAAAUAAAGAAAAACCCUGGAUUGAGUAGGUGUGUCCAAACUUUUGACUGGUACUGUAUAUGAUUUGAAAGAAUGUGGUUUUAUUAUUAUCUUCUAAUCUCUUGGUCAUAUUUUAAAGUACUCUACUUCUAUUCCUACUCUAAUGCACUUUUCAUGGCUCUAUUAAGAACAUAACAUCAGCUAAGAUAACAUCUUUGUAAUGGUAGAUGGUGUAACAUUAAGAAAAGGCCAAAGGAUUUUCUAGGGAGCUUUGCAACAAUCUUCAUGGCUCUUGUCCCCACCAUCCACUCCACACAGAUCAUCUCAUACACCCCAGACUCGAUCAGUUUUGGCAGCCCCCAGUUCGGGGAGCGCGUGGGCUUCACGGCCACCAUGCCCUCGGCCAACCUGUCCCUGUACAUCAACAACACGCAGGAGUCGGACUCAGGGCGCUACCUCUGCCAGGUCAUCAUCCCCGGGGCCCAGGGCCUGACUGGAGAACUUAGCCUCAAUGUCAAUGGUAAGGACGAGGAGACCCCUUUAUGUAGUUCUUGUAGUUCAUAUAGUUAUACAGCACGCCAUCUGUGUAUUCUUAUAAGAGCUGUAUAUGUAUAAUGAGGCAAGCGUGUACAUACAGUGCAUUCGGAAAGUAUUCAGACCCCUUGACUUUUUCCACAUUUUGUUACGUUACAACCUUAUUCUAUAAUGGUUUAAAUAGUUUUUUCCCCUCAUCAAUCUACACACAAUACCCCAUAAUGGCAAAGCAAAAACAGGUUUUUAGACACUAUUGCCAAAAGAAAAAAUAAACUGAAAUAUCACAUUUACAUUUCAGACCCUUUACUCAGUACUUUGUUGAAGCACCUUUGGCAGCAAUUACAGCCUCAAGUCUUCUUGGGUAUGACGCUACAAGCUUGGCACACCUGUAUUUGGGGAGUUUCUCCCAUUCUUCUCUGCAGAUCCUCUCAAGCUCUGUCAGGUUGGAUGGGGAGCGUCGCUGCCCAGCUAUUUUCAGGUCUCUCCAGAGAUGUUAGAUCGGGUUCAAGUCCGGGCUCUGGGUGGGCCACUCAAGGACAUUCAGAGACUUGUCCCGAAGCCACUCCUGCAUUGUCUUGGCUGUUUGCAGAGGGUCGUUGUCCUGUUGGAAGGUGAACCUUCGCCCCAGUCUGAGGUCCUGAGCGCUAUGGAGCAGGUUUUCAUCAAUGAUCUCUCUGUACUUUGCUUCGUUCAUCUUGCCCUCGAUCCUGACUAGUCUCCCAGUCCUUGCUGCUGAAAAACAUCCCUACAGCAUGAUGCUGCCACCACCAUGCUUCACCGUAGGGAUUGUGCCAGGUUUCCUCCAGACGUGACGCUUGGAAUUCAGGCCAAAGAGUUCAAUCUUGGUUUCAUCAGCCCAGAGAAUAUUGUUUCUCAUUGUCUGAGAGUCCUUUAGGUGCCUUCUGGCAAACUCCAAGCAGGAGAGGCUUCCAUCUGGCCACUCUACCAUAAAGGCCUGAUUGGUGGAGUGCUGCAGAGAUGUGUGUCCUUCUGGAAGGUUCACCCAUCUCCACAGAGGAACUCUGGAGCUCUGUCAGAGUGACCAUCGGGUUCUUGGUCACCUCCCUGACCAAGGCCCUUCUCCCACAGCUCUAGGAAGAGUCUUGGUGGUUCCAAACUUCUUCCAUUUAAGAAUGAUGGAGGCCACUGUGUUCUUGGGGACCUUCAAUGCUGCAGAAAUGUUUUUGUACCCUUCCCCAGAUCUGUGCCUCGACACAAUCCUGUCUCGGAGCUCUACGGACAAUUCCUUUGACCUCAUGGCUUGGUUUUUACUCUGACAUGCACUGUCAACUGUGGGACUUUAUCUAGACAGGUGUGUGCCUUUCCAAAUCAUGUUAAAUCAAUUUAAUUUACCACAGGUGGACUCCAAUCAAGUUGUGGAAACAUCUCAAGGAUGAUUAAUGGAAACAGGAUGCACCUGAGCUCAAUUUCGAAUCUCGCAGCAAAGGGUCUGAAUACUUAUGUAAAUAAGGUAUUUCUGUUUAUAAAAAAUAUCAAAUUUGCUAAAAUUUAUAAAAACCUGUUUUCUCUUUGUUGUUAUGGGAUAUUGUGUGUAGAUUGAUGAAGAAAAACAUUAAUUUAAUCAAUUUUAGAAUAAGGCUGUAACGUAAUGUGGAAAAAGUCAAGGGGUCUGAAUACUUUCCGAAUGCACUGUAUGAUCAAAUGCUGAGAAGAAGACGCACACAUUUUACAUUUUUUUUUACAUUUUAGUCAUUUAGCAGACGCUCUUAUCCAGAGCGACUUACAGAUGUGCUGUACUUUCACUUAUACCCACAUAAGGUACAUGCACACCACAUACCUGUACACACAUGUUCCUGAAUGUGUACAAUAGUUUGCCACUACCCUAAUUCCUAAACAUUAUUUUAUGUCAUUAUUCAAAUUCUGUCUCUAACUCAGCAUCUCAUCACAAAUGGUCAACUAUCUCCUAAACCUCUCUCCUAUAUCUCAGUCCCUCCUGCUGUCCCAGAGUGCUCUCUGUCAGGGAAGCCAGUUCUGAAGGGCAACGUCACACUGAGCUGCAAGUCCAAGUCAGGCAAGCCCAUCCCAAUGUACAAGUGGAAGAAGACCAGCCCCCCGUCCGAGGUCUUCUUCUCUCCCAUGCUCAGUGAGUAACUAACUGCUGCGUGACAUCUGAAACAUAGUGGUCUAGCUUUAGUAACAGUGUAUUUAUUGUAAAUGUCCUAUAUUUCAGCUGUAGCAUGCUCUAUUUCUACAAUUUGAUGAGAAUAAGAGCUUUGAGGGUACUGUUUUAUAGUAUUUCAUUCAGCCAAGUUGUUGUAAGUUGCUCUGGAAAGAAAUGUACUGUAUAUACCAUAAGCAAAUGUAAUGACAAAGCAGAGGGUAUAACUUUGCCAAUGGCAAAGGGAUUUGGAAAGUGAAAUGUGAAUUGAGGCAGUCAUUAAACAAUCAGGUCUCACUUUACAUUAAGUGUUCUAAACUUACAGGUGCUAGGGAAUGACAGUGUAGCCGCUGAUAAAAUAAUAAAAUGGAUCAAAUAAUCUAGGUAUACACUACAUGCGUAUGUGGCUACCAUGUAUCUAUAUGGAUUUAAGGACACUUAAUGUAAAAUGGCACAGGCAAUUAAAAGGAUGGUGCAUAAACAAAUCUCUGAGUUUCAGUUGGUAUAUCUGUGUCAUUGUUCUGUUUUGGUUUUGACUUGGAGAUUUAAUGGCUAAUCUGUUUGGGACUAGAUUAAAGCAUAUAUGAGGUUGAAUCCUCAUUUUACUCUCCUCAAAUGCACUCAUUUGAACCUCUUUUCCAAACCCAUAGUCAGUGUUCCCAUAGUUAGAUAAUUUAUUUCCUCCUUUUAUGGUAUGCAAUAAUUAGAUAGGUAUCCCACAUUGUUUGGUACAUUUUAUUUUCUGGUUAGUAGUGAUUUAAUGAUGAGGAAGUUCAUAUGAUCAAUGCACAGUGUCCAUAUAAGGACGGCAACAGUCUCAGCAGGACUGACAAUGCUGUCCUAAUAUGGACACUGUAUAGGUGUAUAUCGCUCUCUCUGCGCGUGUGUGUGCGUGCGUUACAGAUGAAAACACGGGCACGCUGAAGCUGAGCAACCUGAGCAGCAGCAUGUCGGGGAAGUAUGUGUGUACGGCCAGCAACACGGCCGGCAAUGACAGCUGCUACAUCAACCUGGAGGUCAUCACCUGUACGUACUGAAGUAGUACUGUAAUAGUACAACACUGGACACCCACAUGACUCACUAUACACUAUAUGGACCAGUCAGAAUGUAGAGAAAUGUGCUUCCUAAUAUUGUUGACUCCUGGUGCGUGAAAUGGCUUAGAAAACCAGAGCAUGCAGAUAUCCAGAGCAAGUAAUUUAAGAAUGUAUUUUAAAUGGGACUGAUGCACUGCCCUUCACUAAAAUUGAGUUUUCCCUCAUCUAAUGUGCCCUCCUCUAAAAACGGUGUAAUGCACAUUUCACAUUUAUUUAAAAUAAUAUAUAUACACUGUAUAGUUUUGUUGUUGAAAUUCCUGCACUAGGUAGCUAACUCAUGUCUCUCUCUCAUCUAGUACCCACUAACAUUUCUUUCCUCAAAGUUGUCUGGGAGACUCUAAAAUAGAUGCAAUUAAGCUUCUUUAAAGGAAACAUAAAUUUGGUGGAAAAGGCCAUGCAGGGACGUUGGUUGGUGCUGCUCUGAUAAAUACAUUCAUUGACAUUUAAUUUAGAGGUUUAAUUGCCUUUUUUGUCUGUACGUUCUUUGUAUCUUUACGCUGCCACAAAGAAGUCAGCUUUCUGCCUAGUCCUUUAAAAACACUGAACAGUUACAGGCUGCUGUUUUUGCAUUGUUGGGGGAAGAGAGCUGGGUAGACAGUUCAUGUAAGAACAAAACUAAUGUACAAAAACAUGCUGCCCUAGUUUUAUUAUCGUUUCGACCACAAAAGGCUCUUGAUCCGGCUAAAAUACUUAUUUACCCUGGAGAGUGAAGGGACUAUUCCACGGAUCUGUAGUGCAAAUGUGUAUAUGUGUGUUUCCCCAGCGACUAACGCAGGGAUGAUUGCCGGAGCCACGGUGGGUUCUGUGCUGGGCUUCAUAUUCAUCAUCCUCUUCCUCGUCUGCCUCCUGAGGAGAAGGAGAGACUAUGAGGAGGACCGGGCCAACGACAUCAAGUUAGACUCACUUUCACACUAUUGCUGUGUUGCGUGCGUUCAUGUGCCCAAAUGCAUGUCAGCCAGUCUCUCACCCCUUCUCCCUUGCUCCCUCUCUCUCUCUCGCCCCUCUUUUUCCACUCUCUUCAUCCCCAGGGAGGACGCUCAGGCGCCCAAGCGCAUCUCGUGGGCCAAGAGCGGCGGCUCGGGAUCGGACGUGGUCUCCAAGAACGGCACACUCUCCUCCAUUACCACCACUGCCAACAGGCCUCACCAGAGGGAGCCCUCGUCCCAUCACCAGCACCAACCCAACCACCACCUCCAGCAUUAUCCCCAACGCCCUCCCUCCGACACCGCCUCCAUCAUCACAGCCACAGGCAGCGUCUCUGGCUACCGCGCUGGACCACGCCAUGGAGCCUCCACCCACGGCCACGCCCUGCCGGACUACGGCUACAACGUGGCUACAACCCUGCCCCGCGGCCAACCGGCUAAUUCUGCAGCACCCAGUGCCAAUGGUAGCCCCAUGCCCAGAACCAAACACCCCCAGCACCCACAGACCUAUACCCAGCCCCAGGCAGCACCUCCUGCCCCGUGCCCACCACCUCUGCCCACCAUUGUGACAGCGUCCAACAUCUCCCGAAUGGGAGGGGUGCCCAUCAUGGUGCCAGCUCAGAACCAGGCCGGCUCGCUGGUGUAA